AGCAGCAGGCUUUGGUAACAAACUAGCAUGGGUCCAUGACGUGCCUCCAAAUCUUCUGAUGCCAUUGUCCAAGUUGACUUGCAAUGAGGCAUCCCACUCUACCUAGACGUGAAACCCACCAGCACCUGGUAGGUCUCCUUUGGGAAUGAGAAGCACAAACAACCUUAACAGCUUCCUCUUAACAACAUCUCUCUCUCUGACAAACAUCCACUUUGCAGACUCUCUGUCUCUCUCUCUCCCUCUGUGUUACCCCAACCGUCAUCAUCCCAUCCCAACAAAGAUAUCAAAAGCAUCCAUUACUUCAACCGCACUCAGCCUUCAAAUCAUUAGAGAUGAAAGUGAAAGCAUUAGCUGCCUUCAGCUCCAAGCUUCUAAACCCAUGCAGAAAAUUCCUCCAAAUCUUCAAAUUCAGACUCAAAAAGCCAGUCUUUAUAAGAGCUCUUCGAUUUCGUCCUCGCUGUACUACCAAAGUUGAUGAAAAAAAUCCUCCAAAGAAUCGAAUAGCUGCAUUGCUACCAGGUUACCGUUCGAUUAGGAAGUCAAAAGAGAUGGACAGAGUAAGGGAGCUUUUAAGCGUAUCUAGUGGAGGGCCUGACAAAAAGCUCUUUCCAUCACCUAUUACACCGGCUUACGUGAGAGCUAGCAGGGCUGGCAAAAGGGUCGAAGCCUCAGGUGAUGAAGAGGUGGAAGAUGCUUGCAGGAGUUUUGAGAACUACUUGGUGGAGAUGAUUGUCGAAGAAGGGAAAGUGAGGGAUUUGACAGACGUGGAGGAGCUUCUCUACUGCUGGAAGAAUUUGAAGAGCCCAGUUUUCAUCGAUUUGGUUUGUAGAUUCUAUGGAGAACUAUGCAAGGAUUUGUUUUCCACUAACGAUGAUGAAGUUGAUAGUCCAUAGGGAUUCUGGAAUCGAAUUUCUCUUCUUUUUUCUUUUUCUUCUUUUUCCUCCUCCGUCUUUCUAAGUCAUGUUUUCUUUUUCUUUUCUUUUCUUUUUUUUCUUUUUUGUAAUAAGAGAAUUUAUUGAAAAAUCAU